AUUUGAAAAUCAAACGGUUUGUGUUUUGUGGAGUGUUCAGUGGUAUUUUUAUUUCGUAAAAUAUAGUGAUUAAAAAUGAGUUGUUCUAGUUUAAAACCAAUAACAAUUGAUUUAAAUAUCGGUGAUCAAUUAACAUCAAUAUCUUGUGGUCAUGUUGUUGUGGAAUUUAUAAAGUUCAUCGCGUAUCAAAGGCUUCAGAUACCUUACUCAUAUCAAUGGCUCAAACAAAUCGUGAACAAAAGAAAAAUGAGUGAAGAUGAUAACAGAACAGAAGGUUUACAAUCUGAAAGACAUUAUCGAAUUACUUCCACUGCUUUGGAGAACCUAGAUUUUAUUUUAAAGAGUUUACUACAAGAGAUAAGCAGUGCGUCAAUGCCAGAAGAGGUUUGCAUAGUGUUAGGAGCUACCCCAAUAACUUGCAAGGAGGUGUACAGACUACUCCUGCCUACCAUGUGCCACAAGCCACAGUGUCACUCCUCACACAUUGCCAAUGACCAGAAGAUUCAGAGAAAUGUCUUCCAAGCAUUAGUGACAUCAGAAGAAUUGAGCCAAGCGUUUUUCAAGCCAUUACCACCGACAAACACAUAUGUGUUCAUAAAGAAAAAGACUGUCAACCAGGAUGUUGUACUUAACCAUGACAACUUUGUGUUCACAAGUGGACAUCGCAUCCCUCGGAGCUCUAAGAUAGUCAUCAUAGACUUCAGAAGUCAGAAUGCAGGUAACCUUUCCUGUUGUAACGAGUUUCAAGUAUUUGGAGAGGUGAUAAAUGAGGACUUGGUAAAGUUAAAGAUAGAAGACGCCCCUGAAUGUGAGGAUUACCACGAGAUUGAAUCUACUGAUGUGGCAAAAUGGUAUGAAUCUACUUAUGUAAUGAAGGGCUUUAAGGAUUGCAUAGUAAAUGGCACGUCUGUAACCAGUUCAUGGCUCUAAUUUGAAUGGAAUAUUAGCUUAAUUGUAUAGAUAAUUUGAAAUACACAAAUUACAGUGUUAGUUAAAAAAAUAGAAACAUGUUUUUGUUAUAUUUAGCUUGUCUUUAUGCUGCACACAGAGCUGAUACAAGUCAUAGUCAGUUUUUAUAUCUUCUAUCAUGUGGGUUGUGAGGUGGAGUACCAACCUCAUCAACUCUGGUGUCAGGGUUACUAUUGAGCUGCUAAAGGCCCCUGACAUGGCUCAUUUCACGACUACUUACAUCAGUAACUAUUAACUGUGACCAAAGGAUUAACAUGCCUUCCGAAGCAUGGAUCAUCUUACUUUCAGACAAUCAGGUGUUCAGCCUGUAAUGUCCUAACCAAAUUAGGGACCACCCAGGACCACACAGGUGAUAUAUCCCCACCGGGAAUCGAACCCAGGACCUCCGGAUCGUGAGCCCAAUGCUCAACCACUGGACCACAGAGGUUGUUACAUUUUCAUAUGAAACUGCAAAAGAAACUGUAAAAUGUAAAACUUCCCCAGCUCUGUGUACCAAUUUUUAAUGUUUUGAUUAAUUUUAUCAUCACCGUUAGGCCUUCUCCAUCUUGUCAAAUUAAUCAUCUGAUUAAUGUUAUAUUAUAACAUAUUACACUUCUUUUAUAAUAUGUUAAUUCUACAUGACUGACAAAUUAUUUUAUUAUAAUUAAUUAUUGACAUCAAUACAAUAUUUUGUAAUCAAUUAUUAUGAAUUGUUGAAAAGGCUGUUCAGUGCCAUAAUGCUCAAUAUGUAGCUUGUAAGUGUAAAUGUAGUUAUACAUUCAUGUUAAUAAAUAAAAAAAAUGUAUUUUGAAUUUUUUUGACUAAAUAAAUUGAUUUAAAAAAAGGUAUUGUUUUAAAUUAA